UAACUCUUCAUCUUCUUCACCCACACCUACCCUAUACAGUUAUUGUCCAUAUUUAUUUUAUCCCCCUCAUCACUCCUUUGGAGAAUCAUUUGCACAUUGCCCGUUAUCCCCUGCGUUAUCUCACAUCAUGGAUGAGAUUGCCCCCGAGUAUGAUGUUGUGGUGCUCGGCACUGGCUUGACUGAGUGUGUGCUGUCUGGUGUUUUGAGUGUCAAGGGAAACAAGGUGCUUCACAUUGACCGCAAUGACCACUACGGCGGCGAGGCUGCUUCUGUCAACAUUGAGACCCUUUUCAAGAAGUACGGCAACGUUCCUGCAGGCGAGGAGCCCUGGAAGAAGUAUGGCCGCGUCAACGACUGGAACAUUGACCUGGUUCCCAAGCUUUUGAUGGCGAACGGCGAGUUGACCAACAUUCUGGUCUCCACCGAUGUCACGAGAUACCUAGAGUUCAAGCAGAUUGCGGGCAGCUACGUCCAGCAAGGAAAGGGUCCCAAGGCUACUGUCGCUAAGGUGCCCUCGGAUGCCGGUGAAGCCCUGCGCUCUUCCCUCAUGGGCAUGUUCGAGAAGCGGAGAGCCAAGAAGUUCUUGGAGUGGGUUGGCGAAUUCUCAGAGAGCGAUCCCUCCACUCACAAUGGCCUCGAUAUUAACCAAUGCACGAUGAAGGAAGUCUACGACAAAUUUAGCUUGGAAGAUAACACUCGCGACUUCAUUGGUCACUCCAUGGCUCUCUACCAAUCCGAUGAAUACUUCCUCAAGCCCGGAGCCGCUCCCGAAACCAUCAACCGCAUCCGCUUGUAUGUUAACUCCAUGGCCCGUUACGGCAAGUCGCCAUACAUCUAUCCCCUUUAUGGCCUUGGUGAGCUUCCUCAAGGCUUCGCUCGUCUUUCUGCUAUCUAUGGCGGUACCUAUAUGCUUAACACCUCGGUUGAUGAGGUUCUCUACGAUGAGGGUGGCAAGGUGUCCGGAAUUAAGGCCACUAUGAAGGACCGUGACAACGAGGGUGAUGCUAUGAGCUUCACUACCAAAACGAAGAAGAUUCUCGCCGACCCCUCGUACUUCCCUGGCAAGGUUCGCGUCACUGGCUACCUGCUCAAGGCCAUCUGUAUUCUCAACCACCCUAUCGAUAAGACCGACGGCAGCGACUCUCUACAGCUUAUCAUUCCCCAGUCGCAGGUCGGAAGGAAGCACGAUAUCUACAUUGCUAUGGUCUCUUCGGCGCACAACGUCUGUCCUAAGGGCUACUACAUCGCGAUCGUCUCGACCAUUGCCGAGAACGAUGCCAACCACCAUAUCGAACUAGAGCCUGGAUUCGAGCGCUUGGGUAAGAUCGAAGAGACCUUCUUCGGCGCUCCUAUCCCUCUCUACGAGCCCCUCGAGAGUGGUGAGAAGGAUAACAUCUUUAUCUCCAAGAGCUACGAUGCUACCUCCCACUUCGAGACCACAACGGACGAUGUCCGGGACAUCUACCGUCGUGCCACGGGCGAAGAGCUGAAGGUUGAAGGUCUCCGGGAAGGUCAACAACUUGCGGAGGAGUAAAUGUGCCUCCAUCAUUUGCAUGUUAGGGUAAAGUAAUUUUUCUUGUCGCUUCGGAUGCGCUUUUUGACUUGAGCCAUAAUUCCUCUUGGACUUUCCUUCACGCUCAUGAAACAUACCACAUACUCUCUUGGACACAGUCCGCUUCCUUGUCUCUAGCGUACCAUAUUAUUAUAGUAGGGACUUAGUGCAUAUGAACCUGGCUCGCAAGUGUAUGGCAUCUGUCUGUCCAUAAGACUGUCUUGAAAACGGG